AAGAAGAAAAAUAUUUCACACACCAAAAAAAAGGAAAAAAAAAAAUAGAAAUAAGAAAAGCAGGCCCUAACAUUUGUUUGCUCUGAAAAUCUCGAAAUUUCUGCAAAAACGCCCUGUUAAUAGAAUUCCCUUCCCCGAUCAGAAGAAAAUCUUCUCUCUCUCUCUCUCCUCGUUCGAUCGUCAACGGGGCGUUUGAAUUUCUACUCAGAGUCGUCGUGGAUUAACCGAAGGAAAAAGAGAAGAAAAUUUUCUCUUUUCCGAGAAAUCCGUUGCAGAAUGGAAAAUGUAAUGAGCAAGCUUCGGAAUUUGGACGCUUACCCAAAAAUCAAUGAGGAUUUCUACAGCCGAACGCUCUCCGGCGGCGUUAUCACCCUCGCCUCCUCCAUUGUCAUGCUCUUGCUCUUCCUCUCCGAGCUCCGGUUGUAUCUACAUGCAGUUACUGAAACACAGCUUGUGGUAGAUACUUCAAGAGGAGAAACCUUGCGUAUCAAUUUUGAUGUCACCUUCCCUGCACUUCCUUGUUCCAUACUCAGUCUUGAUGCAAUGGACAUUAGUGGAGAGCAACAUCUGGAUGUGAAACAUGACAUAAUCAAGAAGAGAUUAGAUUCUCAUGGCAACGUGAUAGAAACCAGGCAAGAGGGAAUCGGUGCACCCAAGAUUGAGAAGCCUUUACAGAGACAUGGUGGCAGGCUUGAGCACAAUGAGACAUACUGUGGUUCCUGCUAUGGUGCAGAAGCGUCAGAUGAGGAUUGCUGCAAUAAUUGUGAAGAAGUCCGCGAAGCAUACAGGAAAAAAGGAUGGGCAUUGUCAAAUCCGGACUCGAUUGACCAGUGCAAAAGAGAAGGUUUUCUACAAAGAAUUAAAGAUGAAGAAGGUGAAGGGUGUAAUAUAUAUGGGUUCUUGGAAGUUAAUAAGGUGGCCGGGAAUUUUCAUUUUGCACCUGGGAAAAGCUUUCACCAAUCAAAUGUUCACGUCCAUGACCUUUUGACAUUUCAGAAGGAUAGUUUCAAUAUAAGUCACAAGAUCAACAGGUUGGCUUUUGGAGACUAUUUUCCUGGUGUUGUGAAUCCUCUUGAUGGUGUGAAGUGGACGCAAGAAACUCCUAGUGGGAUGUAUCAAUAUUUUAUCAAGGUCGUACCUACUGUUUACACAGAUGUGAGUGGACACACUAUCCAGUCAAAUCAGUUCUCGGUAACUGAACAUUUUAGGAAUUCAGAACUAGGCAACCUUCAGUUUCUUCCUGGAGUAUUUUUCUUUUAUGACCUUUCUCCGAUCAAGGUAACUUUCACGGAGGAGCAUAUUUCAUUCUUACACUUCCUCACGAACGUAUGCGCUAUAGUCGGAGGUGUUUUCACCGUCUCUGGUAUACUAGAUUCUUUUAUAUACCAUGGUCAGAGAGCAAUCAAGAAGAAGAUGGAAAUCGGUAAAUUUAGCUGAUUGAUUCUGUUUGCGCGUAUUGCUGCUGAAUUAGUUGGUUUGCCCUUCUGUGGCUUUCUGAACAGAAUCAAUCAAGGGACAAAUGUGAUGGCGGGCAGAUCGCAAAACUAAAAUUUUGUCAUGACAUCUACUUGAUCAUUGAAUUAGGUUGAGUUAUUGAUCUACGGUCCACAAGUGUCUAAAAUGUUGUCAUUUCGUUCACUUCACUGCUAAUGUGAAAUACAUGUUCGAAAGUUAGAGACGGGUUUUUCGCCUUUUGUUGCUGAAAAUUUGUCCAUUUUUUGGGAUACCAUCGAAAUUAUCCGACAGA